AUGACAACAAGCAAAGAUGUCCCAGAGAAGCUCGAAAAGAAGGACAGCCAGCCACACAAUUCAAGGGGAGAAAAGGAGGAACAAACCAAGGGACAACAGCAAGUAGAGAAGAGCUUUACACCUCCGCUACCAUAUCCCCAAAGGUUCAACAAAGAAGUAAAGGAUCAACACUUUCAUAAGUGCCUUGAGACUUUCAGGAAGUUGGAGAUAAACAUUCCAUUGGCGGAGGCACUAGAGCAGAUGCCUCUAUAUGCCAAAUUUCUGAAGGAGCUUAUUAACAAGAAGAAGAGUUGUCAUGAGAACGAAACUAUAAUGCUCACUGAAGAAUGCAGGGCAUUAAUUCAAAAAGGACUUUCACCCAAACUUGAAGAUCCUGGAAGUUUCUUUCUGCCUUGUACCAUUGGAAAAUUGAUCAUCAACAAGGCAAUGUGUGAUUUAGGGGCAAGAAUCAACCUAAUACCCUCUUCCUUGGUGAAAAAGCUUUGUAUAGAGGAAGUUAAGCCAACACAAAUGUCUCUGGAACUGGUGGAUAAGUCAGUGAUAUGUCCCAGGGGUAUGAUUGAAAACCUUCUAGUUAAGGUGGACAAAUUCAUAUUUCCUACAGACUUUGUGGUCUUAGAUUCAGAUGAGGAUGAAGGUGAUUCCAUCAUACUUGGAAGACCGUUUUUGGCCACUGCUAGGGCCAUUAUAGAUGUGGAACAAGUAGAGCUAACCCUCAGAAUGCAUAAUGAAAGCAUCACUCUGAAUGUAUUUCCAGAAAUACAGACCAUUGAUGAAAAGAAUAAUUACAUGGAAACUAACAAGGAAGACUUGCAAUGGAAGGAAGGAAUCAACAAGACAACCAGCAGUCACCUUCCAAAGCAAGAAACAGACAACACAGCAAGAAGAAAAGGGAAUGAGACAAUGCAGGUUUUUGGUUCUAUUACCUUUAGCAAAGAUAUAAGGGUCCUACACAUGGUUAACUUGUUGCAUAAGGAGCGUUGGCAAGGAACUAAGUUUGGUGUUCACACACCAAAGUAA